UUGCUUGUUUCCAGCUAUCCUUUUACACUAAAGGCAAAAAUGUCUGCCAAAUACUCAAAGUAUAUUCAUUUUAAUUCAUGUAGGAUACAGAGAACACUUUCCCAAUAUAAUUUCUGUUUAAUUUACCUUGCAUACAUACACCCUUUCUGGAGGCAGCUUUUUCUGAGCUUAUAAAUUCCAUCAUUGGUGAAGCAUCUAAGGGUAUAAAAAAUAGAACCAGAUAAUAAAGGACACAUAAACCAUGAAGUGAAGUGAACAUGAGGUCUCAUUUAAUGGAUUCUUGGGGUUUCAGAGCACAUUGCACAUGAUUCCCUCCUCAGUGUCUGGUCUGCUCUUUAAUCUCACUUUGAGCUGCAUGGGCUGAUUUACUGUCAUUUUAUUCAGAUACAGUAUUUAGCUAGCAUUUAUUACCUGCAGAAAAAGUGCUCUUCUGCAGCAAGGGGUGUUACUUGUUGGAUUAUAAAAUGUUCAGUUCCACAUGCUAUGUCAAAAUAAUUUUUGAUUUAACUCACUGAGUUUUAUGUAAAAUGAUUUUACAGUGAGACAAAUCUAAAGAAAAAAGACCAGAACAUUUGAUAUAUACUCUGUACAGCAUUACAUAAAAAUUAAAGUAGUACAUACCAGUGCAUUCUGUAGUGUCCCGUCUUGAGAACGGAUCACUGUAGGCGUAGUUUAGGCAUAAUGUAUUACUGUUAUUCUACCUCCAAUGGCUGAGAAUAUGUGUUUAAAAUGUUUGGACAUGCAGUCAUUUAUUUUCACAUUUGUAUGCUAAACUAUUAAUAACAAUGGAAACAAAUUUUGUAUAUUUUGCAAGGUUGGUAAAAAAUGUGUUUAGUACAUCAACGUAUCUGUAAGACAGGAAAUUCAGAGGUUUUCUAUAACAAAGGAGACCGAAAGAGGUUUAUGUUUUGAUAUUUUUCCUUAACAAAAAGUAACUGGUGUUUGGCGUGGUUGAGAUGGACUUUGAUUUUAAUUGAAUUUUUGUAACUCUAUAUUGUAUAUGCAUGCACCAUUGUUCAAUUAACCAAUUGCCCAUCAUGUGUUUACAAGUCAGCACAUUACAGCAUGUUUCUCAGAUGAUGUGUGGGUAUACAUUGAAUCAUGUGACUUGAUGGCUGUCUAAUGGAAUAUUUUAUCUCAGGAAAUAGCAAACAGAGCCCUAGCCUGUUUAAAAACAGGAGUACCAGGAUUCAGGAAAAGCACAUCAGAAGUCAAAAGAGUCAGUGUACUGGAGUAAAUUAAUAGCACGGUCAGAAACAUCACCCCAUGAGAGUGCACCUGCAGCAAGGACAUGGUAAAAAUUUCAAUGGAUCCCUUCGUGCGCCGGUUCCAGCCGGACAGGUACCAGGUUUGGAAGCAGGGCAAGGACGUGUGCACUAUCGAUCACUCGCUGCCCACCCCAGGGUCAACACCCGAGCUCCUGAGCUGGAUCCACCGGAGGAAGAGAGCAGGGGCCUCAUCUAAAAGCAGCCUCCAUCACCCCCGAUCUCGAUCUAAAAAGCUGAAAACCGUAGAGGACGAGAGGGCAGCUAGCAAGCCAGCGGUUACGGAAACAGCAGCUGUAAGAGCUGCUCCUCAAGGCUUCAAGGUCAAGAAGGAGCCCGAGAGGACAGGCAAGAAAGUGGAGCUGCAGGAGAUAGGAGAGCUGUCUGCAGAAGAAGUGGAAAGCAUUAGUGAAAACCAGCAGGAUCACAAGUCCCUGGAUGCAAUCCAGUUCUCAGGGGAAAGCCAGAUAGAAGCAAGCAAGAAGAUAUGCAUGGUAAAAGUCAACGCAGAGGAGAAACACGGGACUAGAUAUUCCAGUGAAAGUGGCCAAGAUUGCAUCCCAACAGAAUCCGUCCUCUCUUCCUGUACCGUAAACAAGCAGCAGCCAGAGGUUUCACCUCCGCCAGGAGAGUUGGAAGGGCAGGACGACGCUCUGGUCCUCUCUACUCCCGAAGACACUCGUUCUCCAGCAGCAGACAUUGAGAUGAAAUCCCCUGCACAAGCUGGAUAUCUUAAACCACACAGUCCAGUGUCUUGUGGAGAGCUCAAAACUCUAUCCCCAGAACAACAUCAACACAAUAAAGUAAAUGCUCAAAUGACUGCUUCUUCAGAAGUAGCAGGCAGCAAAGCUCAAUCUCCAACAUCAGACAGGAGGGAUGAGUCCCUCAGUCACAUGAUUUGUGAGCCAGCAGUUAUUCCAUCCCCUCCACUGCUGACGAAAGAGCAUCCACAGGUCCCAGAGCUCAGUAACUCAAAUUCCAAAUCCCAGAUAAUUGGUAGUGAUGUUACAGAUCUAGACACUGUAAUUAAGGGGUCCAUUUCAGCAGAUGCCGAAGGGACUUCAUUAACAACAGCACAUAGCUGUGGGCCAGCAUGUCAUAGCUCUUUAAAUUCAGAUGAUGACAGUGCGUCCGCACCUAUUAUCAGCAAGGCAGAAAAUUCAUGGCCCCCAGUUCUUGAUAAGGAUGGUGUACAUUCAUAUAGUACAGUUUCAAUUAAUGAGGAACAGAAUUCCAGAUAUGCGAUACACAAUGAAAUGCCUUCUUUGACUCCGGAACUGAGUGAUGAGGAACACUCUUUUACUCCCUUGGUCAGCCAAGAGAUGCCAUCUCUGACUCCAGCAGUAUGCGUUGAGGUUAAAUCAAUGAGUAGUGACAUAUGCUUCCAAGAAGAUCCUACAGCUCCUGUCCUCUGCAGAGAAAUCUCCCCUCCUCCCUUGCUGACCAAUGAAAUGAAUUCUUCAGCUGUCGUGCUUUGUAAUGUUUCCCAUUGUCUGGCACCAGAAAAUGCCCUUGAAAGCCAUGUCAGUCUGUGUGGAUCUCAAAUAUCCAAUGCUGACAUGCACACCCUAAAUACUCCAGUAAGUCUUGAUAUGAAUACAGUAUCCAAAGGAAUAAAGGUUGAGGCAGCUUGUCUAUCUCAAACAACUCCAGAGGAGCUACAGGCUUUAACUUCUGUCACUAGUGUUACAUCCCCAAUCUGUGUUAAUGAACAACAGGUCUUCAGUGGUCCAUCUAGCUGCAGAGAAAACACCUUAAAUGUAUCAUCAAAUUCAAAUGCGAGCCCUUUACAUCCGAAACUCAUCAAAGAUUUCCAUCUUUUUGCGACUGCACUCAGUAAAAAAUUGAGCACUCCAGCCGGUGAGGAUGGAGCAAAGCCUUCAGGAGAACCAACUGGUGCUCCUUAUGACGAGAGCACUCUAACUUCAGUUCCUUCUGACAAAUCAGAUUCCCAAACACCACAAACAAACAACGCACAGGAAGAUCCCAUCCCAACAAGUAAAGAAGAUUUGAAAUCCCAUGGCACGUCCGAAUUUUGGGAUGAGGCUAAGCCCCGAGAAACGGGAAUCUGGGGCAGUCUAGGCUCUCAGACCCCAGCGGUUUUGAUAGAGAAGGUGAAUCCAGAAAUUCCAGCAGUUCUGACUGAAUUAAAACCAGGAGAACCGAUAGCUCACUACAGCCUUAACUGUCAAGCCCAAACAUUUUGGCGUGAAGUGGUUCCCCCAGACCUGGCAGAAUCAAGUGAAGGAAAGGCACGAGAGAACCCGCAUGUUUGGGAGGUGUUGGACUCAGACAAGAUGGAACCCUGUGGGAGCGAGUUCAGCCUCCGCAGAGUAGACUCAGAAGCAGCCGAAGCUCUGUCCGUUUGCAGGGAGUUGACUGCACAUAGUCAGGGUUCGGGGGCCUUCAGCCUCUAUGGGGACCCUGCCCUCCAGAGGUCGUCCUCCCAGGAGAAGGAGUUUGACUCCGACCUGAACACCAGCCGAGAGGAGGAAACAAACAGUGUGUCUACAGAGGAAAACAACCUGAGUGACUUUGACAGUGGAGGAGCUGAGCUGGAGCCUGGAGAGAUAUCCACGGUGAUGAUUGAAGUGGGAAGGAGCAAGACCACGAAGAGCUGGCGACUUCCACUGCGGAAGCCUACAGCGAGAGCGGCGCCAAGCGCCGUGAAGCAACAGGCGGGCAGCGACGAAGAAUUACCAGACGUUUCACUCACAGAAGAAGAAGUACAGGAAGUGGAACCGUGGGCCAAACCUCUCAUUCAUCUCUGGCAAAAUAAGAAACCAAAUUUUCUUGCAGAGAAGGAGUACAAUGCCACUGCUGCCAAAACUGAACCAUACUGUGCAAUCUGCUCUCUCUUUAUGCCUUAUUACCAGCCGGAAGACAAGCCUGAAGAAAGCAGAGUUUUUACAGAAUCAAUUUCUGAGACAAAGGAAGUAGCAAAGGGACUGAAGAGCAAGCCCUUAAUUCCAGAGAUCUGCUUUGCGUACAGAGAGGAGAACAGUGAAUCCUGCCCUCCCAGUGCUCUGUUAGAGGACGAUGGGUCCAGUCCCCUGAUCUCUUGUAGGACAUGCAGCGUGCAGGUGCAUGCCAGCUGUUAUGGUGUCCGUGCCCAGGAUGUACACGGUAACUGGUCUUGUGAUCGCUGUGCAAUUGGAGACAUGACAGCUGAAUGCUGUCUCUGCAAUCUGAGGGGUGGAGCGUUGAAGCAAACAACUGACACCAAAUGGGCUCAUGUGAUGUGUGCAGUGGCACUGCCUGAAGUCAAAUUCAGUAAUGAAACUGAGCGUGACCCCAUUGACACCAGCCGAAUACCUUUGCAGAGGUACAAACUGAAGUGUGUCUACUGCCGCAAGAGAAUCAAGAAGGUGUCGGGGGCCUGUAUACAGUGCUCAUGUGGCCGCUGUCCAACGUCCUUCCAUGUGACUUGUGCCCAUGCAGCUGGAGUGACCAUGGAGCCAGAUGAUUGGCCAUAUGUAGUGUUCAUCACAUGCCACAGGCACCAAAACCGCAACUCCGCAGCUAAGAGCAAAUCUUCCAAAAAGGACAUAUCAGUUGGGCAGACAGUCAUUACAAAGCACAAAAACCUGAGAUACUACAGCUCCCGAGUCACAGAGGUCACUUCCCAGACGUUUUAUGAAGUGAUGUUUGAUGAUGGCUCCUUUAGCAAUGAUACGUUUCCUGAAGACAUUGUGAGCAGAGACUGUGUGAGGCUCGGCCCUCCUGAGAUUGGUGAAGCUGUACAGGUCAAAUGGCCAGAUGGGCUGUUUUAUGGAGCCAAGUAUCUGGGAUCUAAUACGUCUUACAUGUAUCAGGUCGAAUUUGAAGAUGGCUCACAGGUUUUAGCAAAACGGGAAGACGUGUACACUCUUGAUGAGGAACUUCCCAAAAAAGUAAAAGGACGCCUUGUUCACACAUUGGGAAACAUUUCAAAGCAGCUGAAGUUUAAGUGGAGUAUACAAUCGAGGGGACCAGAAGGGGCCCAGAAUGGGUCCACAGCAUCCAGUAUGCGGUUCCAGGAUACCUUCUCUGGACCAGACGUGAUUCAGGGAGAGAGGAAGAGGCAAAGAGUUCCAAACUCCAGGUUUAAGAAUGACUAUGUGGCUGACCUGGGUUGCCGUACCUUCCUAAAGGGCACCUGUGAACAAAAGAGUGGAAAAGGGAAGUAAAUAUGCACCCUAUAAACACAAAGGAAAAGAGUGAAUGCACUUAACCGAGGAGCCAGAGGGGUUUUGCAUAAACACUGGGCUGUGUUUUUCAGGAAGAGGAUAGUGCAGUGCAUCUUGUGUACAUGGAGAGCCCAUGCUUUCAUAUUUGUCAGGGAUGAAAAUAUACAUCUAUAUUUGUGUUUCAUAAUCUUUUUUUACGCAAUAGUGAUAAGAUUGAAACAAAAAGUGUUCUGUUUUUUGAAUAUUUCAAGCAUUUCCAGGAAUUUUCUAAGGUGACUAGCUUUUGACCUUUCUCUAAGGCGCUUGUUUUUUGAAUGUUCAUUUACUACUUGUAAGGUAAUAGAUUUUCUAAUAUAUUGAAAGGAGGUUUGUAGUUCUCUGUCCAGCACGUUUAGCAUUUCUCACUACUGUUUUUCUUUUUGUUUGAGAAAGUAAUGACAUUUGUAAGGAUUUGCUCUGUUGGGCAAAACACAUCACCAGAUUUAUAUAUUAAUAAUCCUCUUUUGUAAUAAUUUAUUUGGUCUUCCUGUUCAUAGGUUUUGUGACUAACAGACAUAUGAUUAAAAUUCUGUUUUUCCUUUUA